AUGGUAUUUCUCAAAAAAACAAAGUACGCGAGCAACGACAGAGUCGAUAUCGUCCUUUCCUGCCCAAAAGGUGGGAUCACCGUGCAGAUCCAAACUCUUCGAGGAAUCCACCGAUGGUAUGUAGACCCAUACAGGGAAACACUGCAAGGUCUUAAAAAGCAGCUGCGAGCAUGCCUCCAAGAUCUCAACGAGAAAAGAACAUUUUUAGAUACUGCCCGAGUCUUCUUUUGUGAACAAGAAGUACUCGAAGCAGGCGAAAGCAAGACGCUUUCGGAGUUGGGGAUAGUGGCGGAGGGGUCGAGGCUUCUAGUUGUUGGAUCGCGCACCGCCGAUGUUGUGGAUAGCUCAUUGGUAGAAAAGGGAUGCACAAUCCCACAGGCGGAGCUACGCGGUAUUACCCUUCGCCAACUUCAAGAGGUGGUAAUCCAUAUCUUUAAUAGGUGUGAGCCAGAAGGUUGGACCAGCACUCUGGAUGGCCAUUUACUCAAACCAGAAGAAGUCAACUUGUAUGACCUAAACCAUCAUCACAUCAAGCCUUCCACCUCGGAGCGCAAGUGUAGCUACGUGGAAGCCGUAGCCAGUGGGCCUCAAAACCACAUGUACCUUGUAUCACAUUGGUGGGGCGAACCCGUGGUGGAAUUUGUCAAUUGCUUGACACAACAUGCAUUUGACCGCAAUCUCCCAGAUACAACAUCUUACUGGGUUUGUGCUUAUGCGAUCAAUCAACACCAAUUGGGCAGUGAAUUGGCGGAUCCCAACCCCAAACACUCUCCCUUCUUCAAAGCCAUGCAAUCCGCCGUCGGAACUGUUUCAGUACUGGAUCGAAGAGGUAUUACUUACAAACGGAUUUGGUGCAGUUUUGAGCUUUAUCUCGCCUUGGUCGAGCUUGCCUCUUCUCGGUCAAACCAAGCAAACAAAAGAUACUUGUACGAUGUCUACACCGCGGCAAGAGUGGAUGCUUUGGAGAGGAACUUUCCUGUAGGUAUCACCGAUGGACUUGCUGCCUCGGACAAAUGGAUCACAAAUAGAUCCACCGGUCUUUUGGACUUUAGUGUGGAGACAGGUAGUGCAGAAAGCAAGAGUUCUCGAGAGAGAUCUUUCCCAUCCAUAAUGAUGGAUCAGGCAUUGAGUAUACAGCUCGAAACAGCGUAUGCUACAGAAGAAACCGACAAGAUUCGGAUCCUAAAUUACAUUAUUGGAGAGACUGAUCUGGACAAAGUACCCACACCAACGACCCACGAAAAGUUUAAUGAGGUAAAUGCAUUGUUACGAGGCAAAUUUGCGGUUUCAGGCUAUGCAAGGGCCGUGGAUGCUGGGGAAGAUAUGACAGAAUACAGACAGAUACUCUCCAAAUCCCCAAUGCGUCAUUUGGAGAUCAGCUUCCACAAUAAUAUUUCUAACUUCUGGAACGAAGUGAAAUAUUUUCUCCAUUGUCUCCCACUGACGCUAGAAGAGGUUGCUUUGGUAUUUAGUUGGCAGAGUCUUCGCGAGAGCUCCAACCCUUCCAGUUAUCUUGAUAUCUUUGUGGGUCUCGGUCGCCUUCUCAAUCUGCGUUCCCUGGCACUUGAAUACAACAAUAUGAACUUGACAAGCUGUUUUAUCCCCUCAUUUGUCAACGAGAUGACAAAAUUGCGGAACCUGGAAAGCCUGCAUUUGAACUUUUCUGCCAACGACAUCCUGUCUAUCAACGGACUUGAAGAAGCGAUUGAAACGCAACGUCAAUCCUUGUGCAAUCUUCAUCUUGAAUUUGACGCGAACCAGCAACUCACCUCUAUCCAGAGUUUGGUCAGCGGUGGCAUUCAAAAGUUGCAGUGCCUGCGAGAUUUAAGUCUGGCAUUCAACCUUUGCCCCUUGGAGAGCCUUGGUGGGUUGGGCGCAGUGUUGGCACAGUCGACAUUUCACUUGGAAAAGUUGAAGCUCGAUUUCGUGGAUUGCAGAGAAGUCAGCAAUGAUUGCUUCCUUUCGCUUUUCGACGCUUUGGAACACAGGCAGAGCAAAACUCUAAAGAGUCUUUCUUUGCGUUUCCGCAAAAACGGGCACUUGUCUUCCCUCGAUGGUCUUGCAAGCGCAAUAGCCUGCAUGGCGCAUUUGGAGAAAUUGGUCUUAGCUUUCAACUGUUGCAAUCAGAUAGGCGCUCUGCAUUUCUGGAGGAUUGCAAAAGCGCUUGUCGAUCAUACGCGUGAGGAUAUGGAGCUCUGUCUUGUCUUUGGAAGAUCGCCAAUCCGACGAAGGAGUUGGCUCUAUGACGCCAACACAUUGGGAAAAUUAAGGUCAGCGCUGGCGAGGACGGAUGCCUUUGCCAAAGCUGAACAGCUCUGGGAGUGA